AUGAUCUGGACGUGUGUUUUAUCACUUCUUGUGCUCACAUCUGGAGGUAAGCCUUUAAUGCAUCGCUAACUAUUCAAUAGACCUUUCCGGUAAUUACGUCACAACUGCACUGUUUUCAACUUAGGACCACCUUAAAUAGAAUAGAUUUCAAGUUGUUUUUUUUCACGGGCUGUGGUCAGAAAAGCAGAACAUCCUUUGUCAACACAUGCAUAAAAAGAAUUUUGGAUUUUGACUAUUAAAUGUGGAAAUAAGCUUAAACACGAAAACGAAUCUGAGCGGUCAUGGCCCCUGUUGGCCCCUCAGCCUGGUUUUAAACAUCCAAAAUUCUUUUUUAUGCAUGUGUUGAAGAAGGAUGUUCUGCUCCUCCGACCAUAGCCCGUGAGAAACAAACUUAAAAUCCACUCCAUUUAAGGUGGUCCUAAGUUGAAAACAGUGUUAGUCGUGACGUAAUUACCGGAAAGGUCUAUUACUAUAGCAUUAUUGGUUUGUGUCAUACUUGGCGUCUAACUAUGUCCAAUCGAAUAAUAUGUUAAUAUUUAUUUGAAGCCUAUACAUUUAUACAUAAAUUUCAUUUGCCUCGCAAAUGUUGGCUCAAUUUGUCCUUUGGUAUAAGAACACAUUCCAGUGAUCCAAAAACGAGUGCUGGAUUGAGCAUCAGUUUUCAAUUCAAAAGCUACUUUUAAAUAUUUUGAAUGAUUGUUUGCACAUUCAUGGUAGAUAUGCUUGGGUUUAUUACUGUGAUUAUCGGACAUCUUGCAUACGUGAUAUGUGUAAACUAGACUUUACUUGAUGAAAGCCAAAGUAAUCCAUCUUACACUUAAUUUCAUUUUAUAUUUGUUUACUUAACAGCUGGCAGGACUGUCGGAUAUCAACCUCAGGAUGAGGUAUUAUUGAAACAACAACCGUACGAGAUCAGUAAUGCUGCUAUGGGGCAAGGCAUCAUACGGCUACCUCGAGAAAUAGGUAUAAAUAAAUAUUGAAACCGAUUAAAGAUGUAUUAAGUGUAGCCCGAAACAUGCAUUCAUUCAGCCAACAUAACAUGAUACAUUAUGUUGACUGAAUAUGGAUGCAAAUACAUUUCCUUACCUAUUAACGUUUGAAACUAUUAUCGAUAUUAUGAAUGCACUAGAUUUUCUAAGAAUCUAGUCGCAAAACAUGACAAGCUACGUAGAUAAUGCUACUAUGAGUGGCUCCAAAACAGGCAAGCUGAAAAAAUGUCCUCGACCGCAGUGGGAAUCGAAUCGAAUCCGCGACGUUUGGUUUGCGGGAUAAAUUUGUCACCUGUUUGGAGAUGUUUGAACAAUAACCGUACGAGACUGUUUUAACACCCAGUUCAGAAAGGCUGAUAAAUAAAAACCUCACCUUCCAUUUAGCCCCGACCCACUAUUGACCACUAUUAAAUCAAUUUCAAAAUAGACAUAUUUAAGCCCCCCCCCCCCUCCCCAGGAGGCUAAAUAGAGGAAAUACAGUAAACUACCAAUGAAAUGUUUUAUUCGAAUAGAUGAAAGUGUAGAGGAAGCACAAGCCAAGUUAUUUAAUGUUGAUCGGGCGGCAGAUGCUGUAACUGGUAUCGAGCGAGGUGUUAAAGCGGAUCCAAUGUACAUUGAAGGUCAGACAGAUCAAAUAACACGACAGCUAAAAGCGGACAUUGCAAGAUAUAAAGCCGCAAAGAAAGACAAUGUGGCUAGAAAUGAUGAAAGUGUUGUAUCUCUUGCAAAGCGAAUUCUAAAAAUUGUGACAACUCUAGAAGUUGCCAAGUUCAUAGCGGACAGCAGGGCUCGGGAUGGUAUUGAAAUGGCCCAACGUCGAGGUAUACAUCGUCCAACUGCAUAUCAAUUUCCACAAUAUAAUUAUGGUUAUCUUUACGGUUUACCUUCGGGGAAUCCUGUUCAAGAUAUGACUCAACCUUAUCAACAGCCACAGCAAGAUGCUGCAUUCGCAGAACCCAGUAACUCAGCCACCGCCGCGCCGGCUCCUCCUCCUCCUCCACCAUCAUCAUCACCACCCCCACCACCACUACCACCACCACCACCAGCACCACCACCACCAGCCCUUCCACCUUUACCAGCAAUUCCUCCACCAAUGUUAGUACCCCAAGAUGCAGCACCUCCUCCACCAGUCCAACAACAAGAAUUACUUCCAGGUUUUGUCCCAACAACGAAUGCAUUCACGAAAGAAAACCCAGAGGCAGUAUCUCCAGCGAAAUCGAAACCUAUCAUUCCACACCUCAAACACACUCCAAAACACCACGUGCAACCAAAAAAACCACAUGUUCCAGCACAAAAGCCCUCUGGGGUGAUCACCCCCGAAGAUCGUGCUCAGUGGAGUAUCUUUGGGGAAUCUUUACCAUUGGCACCACAAGCAGAAAAUAAUCCUCCUCCCUUGCAGGUAAAAAUGAUUCAAACACUUGUUAUCAGGUAAAUUGUCCAAUUUGUAACUAUUUGAUCUUGUCCAAGCUUUCGGAAUAUAAUAAAUUUUCCCUCCUUGAAAGCCCUCACACAGUAAAUAUUAGUCUGUUCUUUAAAAUGUGAAUUAACAUGAUGCUCCAUAUAAAGAAUACUAAUGACGUAACGUUAACUCCAAUCAAUAUAUUUGAACGUGUACUUUUGUGGGCCUGGCGCCAACAAAGCAUAUCCAUAUAUCGGUUGGCGAAAACAGUUCUAGACCAAAUGUAAGGGCCAGCUUAGUUUGAUUGUUUGCUGAAAACGCAUAAAUUUUCAUCUAUAGAAAACGAUUUUGCUUAGAAGUGGAAUGAAAUUAUCGUGGGGGAUAGUUAAUUUCAGUUUCUGACUUAAUCGAUAUUCAUAUUUUCAUAUUUUAAAAAUAGGCGCCUCAAGUCGAACAACCACUAAUGCCAAUGACGGAACAAUUCACCCCCACUGGGAUGACCGAACAACCAAUAAAUCCCACACCACAAGAAACGCAAGCCGAGUUUUCUACACCAUCAGAAUCUAAUUCACAUGAUUUGCCAGGGCUUCGUCCAUUGGACAGUGAUUUAAUAAAGCAUGAGCACCAUGAAAAGAAGCCAGAACUUUCAGUGAAACCACCUGCCGUACAGAUGGAAACACAAUCUCCAACCCAUCUUCAAGCAGAUAUUUCUCCACCCCAGGCGUUUGCGGCACAACCAGCCGCGCCAGCAGUUCCGCCCCCCGCGCCAGCAGUUCCGUCCCCCGCGCCAGCAGUUCCGCCCCCCGCGCCAGCAGUUCCGCCUCCUGCGCCAGCAGUUCCGCCUCCCGCGCCAGCAGUUCCGUUUUCCGCACCAGAUGUUCCGCCACCCGCGCCAGCAUCUCCUUCCUCCGCACAAAUGGAUUAUUCAAAUGAAAUGUUUCCAUCAAUGCAGCCAGAUGUUCCCAUGGUCCCAAUGCCCCCACCUCAAUUCUUUGCACCGAAUUUCAUCCCAUUAGCAUCGAUUCCACUUCCUGUGUUUUUACCAGGUAAAUAUGAUUUUUCCAUAAUGAUAAUGCUAAGAAAUGUGAUCCACCUUAUGUUAAGUACCUCUGCAAUCUGAGCUUCCUUGCAUAUAUCCGCACUUUCUCCAAGUUGAAAAGUGAACAGGUCUGUUAUAACUGUUAUAAAUGUACCUACCUGUAUGAGCAUGUUUUCUGACUGGGUUUUUGAAACAUAAGUGAUUAUUCUUCAUGAUGUGUUCUUUAGAGUUCAGAAAGAUGAUUUUUGUAGUUUAUUUCGUCUUAUUUCCAUAAACCACUGGUCACAAAGCUUUAUUCAUAGAGAACAAAUAAACUUUGUAACGCAUGGGGGUUGAAAAUUGAAAUUACAUCUAUGGUUUAUAAUAUUUGGUAGUUAAAAGUUAAAAUUUACAACAAUAGUUAUAUAGUUAUUCAUGUACUAUUUAAAGCACGCGUAGGAGUGUUUUAUCACAUAUAAAACACGACGCGUAGCGGAGUGUUUUAUAUAUGAUAAAACACAACUACAAGUGCUUUAAAUAGCUUCAAAAACGACUCAUCUUAUACGAGUUCAUUGGCGAAGUAAUUUUUAAAAUAAACUUUUUCUAAACCGAGAAAAUCAAAGCUAAAGUUUAUGUAAAUUAUCACAUUAUGAUUUUUCUUUGUGUUUUGCUCCUGAAUUAUUAAUGAGUUUUUGAAAUAUAUUUUAGAGUUUUUCAUAGUUAUUUGGUUAAUGUAUUAUAUACAUAUAUAAGUAUCUCCUAGUAUAGCGUAAGUUGAUUUAGGAGUGUCAGAUUAAAAAUUAAAGAUAAGCGUGAUAGGUCUACUAAGAGUUUCACCUGAAUUGAAAUAUCGCAAUCAUUAGAUGAAUGAAAAAUAGUUGUACAGAUAGAUAGACAGAUAGACAGUUAGAUAGAUAGUUUAAUAAAUCAAAUAUCGAAGCCAAAAAAAGGCUGAAUUACAAAUGAUUUACAAAUGAUAUGAAGUAAAAUACUAAGUUCAUUAUUUAAAGUUCAUUGUUGCUUAAUAUAUUACUACGCUAGAAACUACAACGUCACUUUCCAAUGGACGACUUACGCUUUAGAAAAAUUUUUAAUCUGGGAAUAACAAAGGAUAUUUUCUAAUAUAGCCCUGCGAAGUUGGCAAAUUUGUAUACAUUUCUAUUACGUGCGGAAAUUGGUAACUAAUUUAGUUACCUAUUCACGCACGUAAUACAAAAGUAUACAAAUUUGCCAACUUUGAAGGGCGAUAUUUUCCGUAUUUUACAACACUUCGCAACCAAACUUUGUAAUAUUAAUAAUUCCAAGACGCUCUUUCCAGCUGUUGUGAUAGAUUUCGUUGUUCUUACUUAGAGUAAAAUUUAGUGUAAAGCGCAAAAAAAUGGCUGAAUUACAAAUAAUUUACAAUUGAUAUAAAAUUAUUUACAAUUCAUUGUUUCUUAAACUAUUACUACGCUAAAAAUGAUAAAAACUACAACGUCACUAUAGUUAUGAGGGCCCAUGCCAUUACUGAACUUCGCAUGCGACUUGACCUUUACAAUACUAUCUUAACAGUAUUAUUUGACCUUAACCUCUCAUUUAUAGAUGAUACACCAGACGUCAGGUUGGCAAAGGAGAAGGAUUUUGAAACUCGUAGGUCGGCCAUUGCGGUGGAAAACAUUGAAAAAGCUAUCGGCUUAGACGAGAAAACAAUAGAAAGUCUCAUUGAUGAUGUGAAACAGGUAUCUCAACGUCAAGCAAACCAGUAUGAGAACGCCAUUUUGAAAGACAGAAAGGAGGAAGAAGAGGCUAAAGGAGAAAGGAAAGUGGAAACAGAAGACAAAUUAUUACGAGAUGAAGAACUCGAGGGAAAAGCAAAAGAAACCGUGGAUCAAAUAAACCGUUUAGAGAAAGUAAUGACAGUAGUCGAGGUAGCGAAAUUUGAUGCAGAGAGAAGAGCAGGUCAACAACUACAGGCUGCCGAAGCUUGGAAAGAUAGAAUGAAUGGUAGAGCUAAGAAAAGCAAGAUAAUGAAAGUUCCUGAAAAGAACUCGGUAAAGAAGACCGCGCGUCAUAUUCUUGAAAAUAUCAUUAAAAAAGAGAAAUACCGUAAGAACGCCAACAAGGGUAGCAAAAGAAAUGGAACACAAUCCCAUAAAUCACCAAUUCACAGUGUUCUUGAUAAAAAUACCAAGGACUAUCGAAGUAAGAGAUCGUUUUCAAGUGAUUCAGACACAAAAGACCUGCUUCGCAUAAAGUUUAAAAAAAUCGGAAAACUUGCUAAUGAAAUUCUAAAAAACAUUCAGAAAUAACUCAGAAAUAACUUUCCACGUUCCGUUAAUCACAAACGUUUGUAAUAUAUGUAUGUAAAAUAUAAAUAGAAUAAACUGUAAAAUUUUACAAACCCUAAAAAACCCUGAUGAUAUAAACCCUAAGUUUAUACUAUAGAAAUAUAAAAUUAGAUACAAACUAGAAAUACAUGCGUGCAGAAACCUCUCGUGUUGCUAGCGAAACAACCAGUAUAUUUUCCAAACGUAAAGUAUUUCUGCUUUAAUUUGACGUGGUUGUCAUGUCAGUUUAGCUAGCACAAUCAUUUAACUCUUUUUAUAUUUUUAAAAUUCAAUGAAAACUCCAAUGUAAUUACAAAAUGAUCAAUUUCCUAAAUAUAUAGAGGGUGCAUGUAUAAAAAAAGGUGAUCGAACUUCAGCGCGCUAUUAUACGUGAAUUACUCGGCGUAUGAACAAUUGGUUUUCAUAUUCGGAAAGUCAGGCUUUUAGCUAUUGAAUGACAUGCUUUUCAUGUCAAGUGGAGAAAAAAAAGCAUGUAUGAAGCCGAUUAAAAACGUUAGUCAAAAUCGCAUAUUUUCACCUCUGUGCCUAAUUAAAACAAUGCAUAACAAAAGAAAAAGCAAUUAAUGACGAACGUGUCGUAGCUUAGCUAAGAUUUAUUCCUACUUAAUAAUAAUUAUGAAUAUGUGCGUCGUUUAUUGAAGUGAAAUUCAUCAACUUAAGUACCAAAGGGGGCCAUUUUCAAUGCAUGGUUUUAUAGACCCAACUCUCAACGGUGAAAAUAUGCGAUUCUGACUAACAUUUUUUAUCGGAUUCGUAUUUGCUCAUUUUUUAUCCAUUUGGCAUGAAGAAGGUAUCAUUCAACAGCUAAAAGCAUGAUCUUUCCGAAUGUGAAACAAUCUCGUUCAUACGAAGAGUAAUUCAGAUACAAUAGCGCGCUGAAGUUCGAUUACCUAUUUUUUUAUACAUCCUGUAUGUUAGGUAAGUUAUUAUGUGUGAUAUAAGCUUUAAUUAAAAUAUUCAU